AUACCGCCGCAAUACCCUGGCGCGCGGAAUUGUACUGGGUGGGGCCAGACAAGGCGCAUAACGUGAGGUUGUGAGCUUAUGACGGUGCUGCACUUGUAGUCCAGUGACCCUCCCUGAUGACUAACCAAUUACUCGCGUCUAAACUUCCAGAUUGGUCAGGAUCCGGGCCAUGUUCUGCCGCUGCUCUACUGCUCGUGCAGGGCUGCAGGACAGACUCGUCUGCCAGAUUACAAUCAGGCACGAUGGAGGUUGCUUACCACAACCAAGUCAUGGGAAGACGGUAUUGCCUUGGUCAACUGGCGAACGGAAGUUCCCAUUGCCAGAAGAGGCGCGCAAUCUCAAAGCCAACAAGAACCGACUCCUGUUCCAACCGCGCUUCCAUUACAGCGCAAGGAAUUGGCUAGACGGUUCCAACUUUUCAAUCAAUUCAGCUGGCAUUCUUUCCCCCUGUGCUUGCGUUUUUUUCUCAUAUUGGUACCAUUGGGACAGACUGCCACGAAAUGUUAGGUGGAUUUCUAGCGCCCAACUAUUCCUCUAGUAGCUAUAUGUAUUUUCUGCUUUUGUAUCUUUACAGCUUGGGACUGAGUCCGGCGUGCAUAUUCACAGUUGUACCUACAGUAAAGCCGCUACGAAAAGUACAAGUUUCCACAGCUAUGUCCUCGAUCUGAUAAGCUCCCGCCCAUCUGAUAACCCGCCCCCACUAACGCCUGC